GAGAGGAUGCUGCUGUCUCCCUGUAGCUGAGUGAUGACUGGGUUUCUGUUUGCUUUGCAUCAUCCUGAGCUGUUUUUUGGUAGUUGGUGGUCAUAUUAGAGAUAAGAGCUGUUUCCUUUGAAUGGCUUUUUGUUUCAGCCUGUGUAGCUCAGGGCCUCCAUGAUUAUCUGACAGACAAAAGCAGUUUUCUCCUUCUUUCUAACGGUGUGUGGAUGUAGGUAGCCGAGGCGUGAGAGCCUCACAUCAUCAUCCAGAACAGUGAAAGCUCAGGCCUCCUACAGUGAUCGGCCAGUUCCACACGUUGUUCUUCGGCUCGGUCCGGAUGUUCUUCCUUGGUGUUCUGGGCUUCGCAGUGUACGGAAACGAGGCUCUGCACUUCAGCUGCGAUCCGGAUCGCCGAGAGCUCAACCUGUUCUGCUACAACCAGUUCAGACCCAUAACACCACAGGUCUUUUGGGCCUUACAGCUGGUAACGGUGCUGGUUCCUGGAGCUUGGUUUCACCUGUAUGCAGCCUGUAAGAGCAUAGACCAAGAGGAAAUUCUUGAACGGCCCAUCUACACUGUCUUCUACAUUAUCUCUGUUCUUUUACGCAUCAUUCUAGAGAUCAUUGCCUUCUGGCUACAGAGCCACAUCUUUGGUUUUCAGGUUCACCCAGUUUACGUCUGUGAUGCCAGCGCUUUGGAAAAGGCCUUCAACGUGACUAAGUGCAUGGUACCAGAACACUUUGAAAAAACCAUCUUCCUUAGUGCAAUGUACACCUUCACUGUGAUCACCAUCCUUCUCUGCAUCGCUGAGAUAUUUGAGAUACUGUGCCGACGGAUUGGUUUUCUCAACAAUUAGUGACAAAACAACCCAUGCACAAAUACAGUGAGUGAAAGUAUCUAUAUACUUUCCUGUCAAGAACUUUGCUAUGGGGACUUUCAUGAAGCAGAAAGUCAAUGUUAGAGCGAGGGGUCACAGGUGGUGCAACGUCAUUGUGCAGCGCCAAGAGCUCUAACAAGCUGUAAAAAUGUCACAGCUGGCCAGAAACAACUGUACUUUUGGUGUUUUGUUAAGUGUAGAGUGAUCAUUCAUUAUUGUAUUUUAGAACAGAGAGGAUUCUUUAGCGACUGGGUUAAAAUCUGUUACAUGAGUGGACCAGAUGGUCAGAGCAUACCAGUUUCAUAGAGCUCUUAGGUCAUUGACAAUUCUCAAACCUGAUUGUUUCAAUACCUAAGAAUCUAUAAUAAUAAGAGUUCCUCUGAAAUAUAAAGAAAUAUUAUAGGGAUGAACUUAACAUCUAAUACCUUUUAAUGCGAUAAAAGCUUAGAAAACGUAGGCCUUUUCCUUCCUCCAAUUUAUUCCCUUUAUAUAAGGUCAGCAGUAAGAGCACUAUCCAGGGUGCGAUACUAUGAUCUAACAGGACACGUUCAGAUAGAAGUCUAUUAUCUAAGACCAUGGGAAUAUCAUUAGUGACUUUUACCAGAGCUGUUUUAGUGCUAUGAUGAACCUUCAAACCUGACCAAAAAAAA